GAAACAUAAUACCCUACUUCAUAUUUCUUCUGUGUUGUGGAAAAUAUUGGGAGGGUACCUUUUAACGUUUUUAUGCAGAAUCAGAGACUUUAGAUGGUGCCUUUGUAGGUCCUCAUGUCCAGGACAAAAGUAAGGGCGGCGUCUGAGGUGUGCGCCGACUGUACGGCCCCAGAUCCCACCUGGGCGUCCAUUAACCGUGGUGUUCUGAUCUGUGAUGAGUGCUGCAGUGUUCACAGGAGCUUAGGUCGUCACAUCUCACAAGUCAAGUCACUCACAAAGGGGCAGUGGAGUCCCACACAGUUACUGAUGGUUCAGCAUUUAGCUAACCAUGGAGCAAACAGCAUUUGGGAACAUUCUCUCUUAGAUCCCUCCCAGAGUAAACAUGGGAAGAAGAAACCCGGCCCCCGGGACCAAGUCCAUCCAGUAAAAACCGAGUUUAUCAGGUCCAAAUACCAGUUCUUACAGUUUGUAAACAAACAGAGGGAUGGGGAGCUCAGCUCUAUAGACGACCUGAGCAAGCAAUUACACUCGAGCGUGAGAACAAAUAACUUAGAGACGUGUCUACGUCUUCUCUCCAAAGGAGCAGAUCCAAAUUAUUUUCACCCGGAGAAAGGGAAUUGUCCACUACAUGUAGCUGGCCAGAGUGGUCAACCGCUACAGGUAGAACUGUUAGUUGUUUAUGGAGCUGAUCCAGGGGCAUACGACUCUAACGGAAAAACUCCUAUUGACCAUGCUAAGACUGAGGGUCAGAUGGAUUUGGCCGACAGACUGGUAGAAUGUCAGUAUGAACUGACCGACAGACUGGCCUAUUAUCUUUGUCAACGGAAACCUGAUCACAGGACGGGCAUUCAUUUUAAAAUACCAGAAAUGGCUGACAGUAGUCUAGAUAUGUCAGAGUUAGCAAAACAAGCCAAGAAAAAGUUACAGGCACUACCGAAUCAUUUAUUUGAAGAGUUGGCAAUGGAUGUUUAUGAUGAAGUCGACAGAAGAGAAAACGAUGAACAUUGGCUACAGACACAUGACAACAAAGCUUUAGUGAGUGACCGACAAGGGGUCCCUUUUCUUCCUCUCAACCCGGACUUCUCGGCCACACGCAAUCAGGGACGUCAAAAACUUGCCAGAUUCAAUGCAAGAGAAUUUGCCACAUUGAUAAUAGACAUUUUAAAUGAUGCUAAAAGACGACAAACGGGAGUGAUGUCCCCUGUUCAAAUUCCAAAGGAGCCAGACAAAUUGCCUGGUCAAGUGGUACAAAGGAAAACUAAUUUUAACAGCAUCGCUAGUGAUGAGGAACCAAUCUACGACCAGGUGGCGUCCGAUGAGGAUUACAGCAGCAUCGAUAACCUCAGCAUUAAAAGUGCUGGCAUGAAAGACAGUUCUCUAUCCCACCCCCCAGCAAACCCGGACAAUGAUUCAGACACGUUGUUAAAAUCGGCUGUCGAGGAGAUUCCUAGGAAAUAUACAAACAGACAAACAUCUGUCGGCAACCUGAGGUCAAGUGGCGACUUAGUGCAGGAUAGAGUAAUGAGUUUUAUGCCACGUCCCCCCUCUGUCCCCGAGGCCAUGGUGGAGGGCCCCGUCUCCACGGAGGAGUUUCUACAGAUGAAGAAGAAACUCUCCACUAUGGAGUUCCGAAUGCAGCAGAUUCUGAAGAACAAUCAGGACCUUCAGAGAGAGAGGGAUGAUCUCACACAACUCGUACAAACACUUACAAAAGAGAUUUCAAUUCUGAGAAAUCAGACUCAGCACCAGCAAAGUCCUCCUACAACACUAGCCAAUGGCUACAGUCCGGACCGAGGGGAGGAGGACGGUGCGCGUACCAGUACGCCAAGGUCAGGGACACGACCACAGUCAAUGUUCGAACCUCGGGAACGGGAGCAGCGAUUGUCUAACAAAACUCCAUCCAAAGAUUCACUGCCUACAGCCUACUCUGUGUCCAAUAUCCAUAAAACAGACGAAACUGACUCAAAUCGUGUGCAAUCUUCAAGUUCUGGUUCGGGUGUGGAGGAGAUCCAGUGUGCUUAUCCCCCCGACCUUUCUCACUAUGACUGUCCCAGCUCACUGCCCGUCAACCUGGACGAAGAACUCCCAUCUCAGGAGGAAGUGAUGAGAAAGACUGAAAAAAUUACCAAAAAUAUUCAAGAGCUCUACAAAUCGGGUCAGGAUGGCAAGCAUGAUAGCUUUGGACAUUGUGCUGACAAAAUCUAUGACGCAGUGAAAGAAAUGGCAGCAUUGUUUCCAAAGAACCCAAGAAUCAGCACAGUUCGCCAUGCUUUGAACUUACUGACAUCAAGUGCUGCCCGCCUACAGGAGGAAUGUCAGGACGGAAUCAUGGGUGACCUUGACCCUGAUCUUGAUCUUCCAUUUAAAACUCAACAAGUGAUGCAAUGUGCUUUUGACAUUGCCAGAGCUGCUAAAGAACUUGUAACACUGUUUCAGUGACGGUUUACCAAGGACUUCUUGAAUCAAAGAUCUGACAGAACUGUUAUACAAGGAACAUUUUCAGGGGCUCCAUAGAGGGAAUUGUAAAUACAUUUUGGUGCCAAAUAGUCUGCUGGAUUUUUUUUUUUUUUUUGAGUGCAGAUUCAAGGAAUUUGAUUAAUCCCUUUCAAUCACUUAUUUUAUAUGACAGUAUGACAUUUCUCUGAACAUUUGUUUUACAUAAUUAGAGUCUUUUUUUAAUAUGUGAAAUACAGGAAUUUGCUUGUGUUACAGAAAAAGAAACGUUUAUUUUUUGGUUGCUGAUAAUGUUAGGCUAUUUUUGUAAAAAAGAAAAGACUUUUGCUGUCAUUUUUAGGAAGCAGAAGGCAGGAGGAGAAUAAUCAUGAUGCAAUAUGAAAAGUUCUGCAAUAAAUGUUUUAUGUGCCUUGUUUUGUCUUUGCCAAAUUCUUAAUUUAUGGAGAGAAUGGAAAAUUCUAUCAGUAUUACAUACGUGAGUUCAUUGUCAUCAUUUUUUGCGUGUUAUGUAAAUGUAAUUUUACCGAAGUAAAUAGUAAAACUUUGUCAUUGUUGAUUGAAGGCAUCAUGUGAAGAAGUAGAUAUAGCAUCGAUAUGAAUGUAUUUGAGGUUAUUUCACAACUGUCUCUGUUUGUUUGAAAUCUUGUUUAGUUAAGUACUGUUUAUUUAAUUGUUACAUCUUCUCUCUUCUGGCAAAACGGGGAGAAGGUGAAGGUGCCAUGCUUGAUCAUGACACUUGCUACAAACAGAUUUUUCUUCCUCCUUUCGAAGAGUUCUAAUUCUUACAGUUUUUGACAAAAUUUGGGCAUGUUUGAAAGUUUCUUCACUGUAGAGUAUUUAUUGAUACAUAUUCAUGAGCAUGAUGUACCUAGAGCAAUUGUUUAAUCAAUGUUUGAAAAGAGUUCAAGCGAUUACAAAGGGUCUCUAUAUGGGAAAACUCUGAAAACAAGGACCCAAUUUGAUCAACUUGACUUUUUGUACAGAAAUAUUUACAAACAGAGAAGUUUGAUUUGUUUGUAGCAAGUGUCCUCAGUGGUCAUCAUUAAGUCUGUCAAAAACUGUGAAACUUGGAACUCUUCAAAAGGAGAUAGAAAAAUAUUUAACCAGUGUCUUUAAUUCAACAUGUUACUUCAGACUACACGAUAAAGGAUGAGAGACGCACAUACAAUUUUUUUCACGUGCGCAACAUGUAUUCCCUAUUACGAUGUUAGAAUAAUAACUAGACUUAAUUUACUGCAUGAUAUUAAAAUAUUUGGAGUGGAAAAUAUUUACUGUGAUAUAGUUGUGUAGAAUACCUAUGGGAACACUUCAUGUUUUGUUUCUUUAUCAUACACUGAAGCUAAAAUAAUAGUGCUUGUUAAACAAAAAUGGAAUGGAAAUUGAGAUUCCUUCAGCAGUUGAAAGAAAAUUGAAAGAGUAAUCAUUUUUUGACAAUUGUAAAUCUACUUGUACACCAAAAAAACCCAUCCUGAAUGAAUGUAUGUAACUGUUUAACGAUGUAGAGAUGUUUAUAAAUUUUUUAAUUUGUGUAUUGGAGCCAAUCUUGCAUGAAGCUCAGAAUUAAUCUAGUCAUAUUGUUUCAUCCAUACUAUCACUGUAUAUUUAUUUUAGUCACAAAACUUGUCUUGUUACAUAUCAUGUAUCUGCAUUAUGUUUAUCAAAGACCAUUCAUGUCGUCUCUUUAAGUAGCUGUAUGCCAGCUAGACCAUUCAUGUCAUAUGUUAGAAGCUGUGAGACAGAAAGUAAGAAUGAGGACAAUUUGUAAGGUCUUGAAUCUUUUGCCGUACUGUAGAUUCCUGAUUUUACUUUAGUACAUGUACUUAAUAUCACGAUAUUACUCAUCAAUUUCAAAUAGCGAGAACUUGAAUUCGUGAGGGUACCGUUGAUAAUCAGCAAUAUAAAAAUAUAAGCGAGUAAUUUUAUUUCAUGAAUGGUGCUUCUCGAUAAGUUACGCGAUGAUGAAUAACUCGCGUAUAUUUUGGAAUCUACAGUAUAUAUGCACUCUCAGUCAUCGAGGAGGAUCGUAGUACGCAAUUUCUGAGUUUUCAAAUUGUUGUUGCCCUUUGACUCAUCUGUACAGUGAGACACAAAAGUUAAUUGUGUAAAUUCACAGUAGGUAUAAGUUUAUCACAAGAUGCAUUUAUUUCUUAUGGGAAAAAAUCAGCUGCUGUGUAAUCCCUCAAACUGUAGAGGGACACAAAUUAGGCAAGUUUAUUAAUACAGUAAAACAUGGUUAUAGUGAACCUCCAGGGCCAGUAAAAAACAGUUCACUAUAACCAAACUUCAUUGUACAGUAAAAUACGGUUAUAGUGAACCUCCAGGGCCAGUAAAAAACAGUUCACUAUAACCAAACUUCAUUAUACAGUAAAAUACGGUUAUAGUGAACCUCCAGGGACAGCAAAAAAACAGUUCACUAUAACCAAACUUGGCUAUAUCCAGUACAAUUGUCAUUAUUUUCCUCACAUAGGGCAUUAAACCUCAUUUCGCAGUGGUGUGAAUUCAAUAUUAGUGUGUUCAUUAUAAGUGUGUUCUACUGUAUUCUAGGAUAAAAUAUCUUUCACAAAUAGUCAAAUUUCAUUCUCUGCUAAUAAGUAUCAAUCAAGUUAAUGUGGAAAUAAAUAAUAAAUGUAAAUUCAAUGAAAUGGCGUAAACAAUUUUGUUAAAGUCAUUAAGAUGUUCCUCAGGCAGAUACAAACAGAAAUCAUUAUCAUCAUACAUCAUACACAAUUCACCUACACUCUGCACCCAGCCAAGUGUUCAAGGGAAUACCAAUAUCUCAGAAAUUGCGUAUUAUUUGUAUUUUUGCAAUACUUUAUUUUGUAAAGAAAUGCCGCCUAUCAAGAAAUCGGUGAAAGUCCCUUUAUACACAGUACCUGAUAGCGAGAAGUAAAUAUGGCUGUAUUCAGUUUUCUCUAUUUAUAAUGGAUUCUACAGAUUUUUAAAAGUUAAUUCAUAAGCAGUUUAAUACUUGGAGGAUUUUUUUUUUUUUAAUUUUUAGAGAUUGAACAAAGUAUAAACUAUAAAACUUUUAGUUAGUAUUCCAAUAUACCCUUCACGUAAUGGUUAUAUAUAUAUAUCUAUCUAUGUUUUAUGUGUACAAUCAGAUGUGUUUGUAAGAGAAGCAGAAUGCUUGUGCUUGAAUAAUACUCCAGGAGAUUAUCUUGUGUCCCAGUGUAGGUAGUGUGGUAGUGUAGACCCAUGUAGCAUAAUACGAGGACGGUCCGUUCUGUAACUACCCUAGCUUUCACGGUACUAUUCUCCAUUAUGUUGUAAUGCAUGUUGUCAUUCAAUGUAAACAUAUUUUAUUUUGUAUUGUUGAUAGAAGUUAUCAAUAAACAUGGAUAUCAAUAAACAAAACAAAGAAAUAUGAGAUA